AUGUGUCGUUCAACCUACAAUCAACUAACUCCUCUGUCACUGGUACACUCUUACAAGCGCCAAGUACCCGUUGACACAUAUACAGACCAUCAGCCAGAUGAACGGUCUCAUACCUCAUUGCCGGUACGCCCAUCUGGGCGCCAAGUAUCUGUCAACCCAGCCUCUGGCAGCUCCCUCAAAGAGCUGGAACAUCACUCGUUGCCGGUACACCCAAUUGGGUGCCAAGUACCCGUCAACCAAUUCUCAGGAAGCUCCCUCAAGGAGUCGUUAUCUCACUCGCUACCAGUAUGCUCCCUCGAGCGCCAAGUACCUGCUAGCCUUAUGUCCUUGACUAGUCCCACUCUGGACAUUCUCUCAACCUGUGAUCCUAUAUACCUGCGCACAGUACGCUCACGUAACAAGCGCCAAGUAUCCAUCGUAACAGACUCCCAUUCACUGCGAGGUCUCAGCUUUCUGUCAAAAGCUCCAUGGCCAUUGGACAAUUCUAAUUACACGACUAAACCGCCCUACAUACAUGAAGUGGAGGAUUCUAAGUCGUCUAUAAGGAUGGAAAGAAGUGGGUUGCCCUUAACCCAUUUCUUUAACAGUGGUGCCCCAACCCCGGUGCGACUAGAUCGCACCAUGCCACUAACGACGCCAGCUCAAUCGACGCACAACCAUGAUACCCUGGCAUCAUCCACACAAGACACCCUCUCCUACCAGGUACCCGACUCUGCAGCAACAUCUUCCCCAUGGGGUGAUGUGCGAACCUUGCCUGAAGCCAUUUGGAGGCGACGAGAUCUCACACUCAUCAUAGAGGCCAUCAGAGAGUUCGAGGGUGGAGUUUUCAACGAUCCUGAUGCCCCUAUGACCAAAAUCCGUAAUUGGAGGAGAAUCAUGCCAGCCCGGCUCGAAAGAGAACUCGUCCCCAAUGACGGUGCUAAGCCAACACUGCGAUACCAGCUCACGCCCCUAGAUCAACUAGGAUUGACUGAUAUGUUCUUGAAGAUUUCAGCGUUCACACGUCUGGCUGCUGCCACCAAAUUCACCGCAGCCGAAUUUGUCAUAGACCCGUGUGGUGAUUUCACACUCAUGCUGGCUGAGAAGGGCUGGGCAUCACAGAAGGAAUUCGAUAUCGUAUGGCACUUCCUUGACCAACGGCUCAACGCCUGUCAGGGGAUGGACCCCGGGUCCCCAUGA